AUGGACACCACCGAGUCUCCCUCCAAUCUCGGUCGCAUCACAGACCGCCUCGCCCUCUACGCGCAACAAAUCUCCCCAUCCACAUCCCCACACCAAUCCAAGCCCACCUCCACCUCCAACAAACAACCAAAAAUGGCCGCCCGCGAUCCAAUCACCUGCCAUUGCCUCAACACACUGUCAGGAACACCAGCAGCAAACCUGCCGGUAACCCUGACCCUCCUGAGCCCCUCCAACACCGCCAACCCCGCCACCUUCCGCGCAACAACAAACGCCGACGGCCGUGUGGCUACCUGGACUCCUGUCGGUACAGCAUCAGCGUCGCAGUCUGUCCCUGCUAUCCUCGCCGCCCUGCCUGCUGCCGAUAGCAAGACUAACUGGUCUGUGCGCUUUGAUGUCGGGCCUUGGUAUGAGGCCCAGGGCGUGGAGAGUUUCUGGCCCGAGGUCGAGGUCAAGUUUACUGUAAAGGGCCGUGGGAAGGAGGGCGAAGAGGGCUGGAAGCAUUAUCAUGUUCCUGUUCUGCUUGGUCCUUGGAAUUACUCUACUUAUCGGGGUUCGUGA